UGUUUUACUAUUAAGCUACCCCGAGGAUUACCUAAUAAUCCAACAAGCAGCAAGGGUCAUGUGGCGCGCUAUACUACUUUAUGCCCAGGCAUCAACAGAAGCUGUGCGCGGGUAAUGCAUUCAUCUACUAGCCCGUCCCCGCACUUUGAGCAACCUUGUCACUCACCAUUUUGACAGUUCCAACUUAGCUUGAUCCAACUGCCGGCUCUACCACAGGCAGUCGAAUAAUUGGUGAUUUCCCAACUCCUGAUCUCUCUCUCCCACCACUUCAUUUACUGCCGGUUUCAUCCGGGACUGUUUCCAAACGAGGUACCAGCCCAAGCUCCACGACACGUUAUCGGAAAUAGAAAGAAGCGGCAAACACAUGACCCCUUCUCAAUUCAUGUCUAUCCAAACAAGCUCCUCUUCGACAUGACGGAGCUUCUUAAACGCCUUACUGCAGCGCCUUCACGCCGUUAUCUCUCGAUUAACGUGACUGACGAAAACUAUGAUCGCCAACUGCGAGACUUGGCCGUGUACUGCAAAUAUUCGGGCGUAGUUUCUAAUAUUACCGAUUUUGAUGAAUAUUUAGACAAUAUUAAUCCAUCAAUCCAUACCCUAUCCUUCUUGCAUAUACUCCACUUUCAAAUCCAAUCCCUCCAAGCUAAAACAAAGAGCGACUUACCUGAAGACCUCCUUCCCGGUGGUAGAUUGUGGACCCGAGUUUCAAAGUUCCUGAAGACAUUUGAUCCUAUUCAGAUUCGAUAUGCUGGCCACGAAUGGCGCCAGCUUGUGGAGCUCGUAGCCAGGGCGGCGCAUGCCGUUUCAAAGCCACGCCUGGCAGUGAAGUUGAUCCGAGAUGCCUUAUGCCAACUCGACCUGUCUUUCGGCGUCUUCACAUCGGUACAUCUUAUUUUUGUCAAGCUCGCUCUGCGUUCGGCCUCGUAUACAAUUGCGCUUCCGAUCCUGGACCGACUUCUUUGUCAUUUUCCCACAGGAGUAAACACCAUACAUCACGAGUCGUUUCUAUGUUCCGAGGAUGACACGAGCGUGGCAUUCAUUACAGAUGUAUCCGGGCUUUCUGCCAAGUUAACGUAUCGGGAUCACCUCCAAUAUUAUCUCUAUAGCGGAAUGAUUUACAUGGCUCUCAAGAAGUGGGACCAGGCAUUACACUGCUUGAGCGCAGUAAUUUCCUCACCCGCGCUAAAUUCUGUCAGUAAAAUUAUGGCGGAGGCCUACAAGAAGUGGAUCCUGGCAAGCUUGUUGGGUUAUGGAAAGCUACAAUCCCUCUCUAGGAUGAUCUCCCCCCAUGUGAUGCGAGUUUACCAGUCAUUAGCCAAACCAUACAUAUCCCUAGCGGACACUUUCGAAAAAGGUGAUCUACAGAAAAUGCGCGCGGAGAUUGAACUUGGGCAAACUAUAUGGCGUAUUGAUAAUAAUGCAGGCCUCGUGUCUCAGCUGUUCGAUGCAUUUGAUAAGUACACGGUCUUGAAAUUAGGGAGAACCUUUUCUGCCCUCACAAUGGCCGAUGUGAGGCAACGGGUAUCGGCUAGCUCGGGGAAUUCCCAUAAUGUUGAAGGCUUUGUAGCAUCGCUUGUGAUGUCAAACGCUUUGAGAGCCACGUUAUCGCAUUUACCUGGCCUUGAAAGUCUCGCAAUGCUGCGCUUUUCCUCGGCGCCCGAGUCUGCUGUUGUUCGGGAAGAGACCGUACGCAUACGGCUGAUAGAAGCCGGGCUUGCUGCGAAUACAGUUUCCGAGAGAAUACGACAAAGUAAUCGUAUUCUGGAGCUUUGCCAGGAAAACCUCCAAACUUUAGCCAAAAGCCAAAAGUGGGCGGAUAACACAGGAAGGUCUAGUGAAGCAGGUGGUAGCUUUGACAUUGAUGAGGAUCUUAUGGGUGACGGUCAUUGAAUUGAAUAUUCUGGCCUUGCGUGUCGCAUUGUAGUUCAGAAAUAUCAUGGCAUAGACUAGUAGGUCGGGAGAACUAUCGCACACUUGUCGGUUCGGAUAAACUGGACUCUGGGAUUGCGGUAGAUGGCUAAUAACUAUACGAGAGAGACGGGGGAGGAGCGUCUGAUCGUAGAACUAUCCGGGAUACAUCAAUGGCAACUGAUCAUGUCUGUGGAGACUAGACCGGGAUGAUUUCCUCGUUAAACGAAGCCCAUUCUAAGCAACGAUGAGUAUAUUCCUCUCCGUCUAUAUGUUCUUAGUUAUAAGCCAAGUGCACCACGUAGUAGGUAGUUUUUCUUCGUUACAUUUCCAUAUACUCGGCAUUCCUGGUGCUGGGGAUUAGAGCCUGUUUAUAUGAAGGAUUUGGAUGGUGGGGUAGUGAAAGAAGCUAUCAUCUUGACUAAAUGACGA